AUUCUCCGACUCCAAGUUAUUAAUAUUAUUCCCGACCUCUGACAGCACUUCGCAGACUUGCGUUUAGCGCACAUGGAGACCACGUCUCCAGUAGUUUCAUUUCCUCCAGAACCACCUGAUGAACACCGUAGUCGCGCACCAGAAUUCUACGGUUUUGUAGCCUGGACUUCUACAUCUGUCGUGUUUGUCUUCUACGUGCUAUGGGCCUUGCUCCCAGAUGAAUAUCUUGUCUGGUUGGGCGUGGAAUGGUAUCCGAGUAGGGAAUGGAGUCUGCUUCUCCCGGCAUACUCCAUUGUCGUCGUACUUUUGACGUACUUUGUCUAUUUUGCCAUCACCAUCGCACGUACUCCAGCCUUCUCUGACCCCAGCACGUUCAUUGAUACCAAAGCACACCUUCCUGCGCUAGACGCAAAUCAGCAUUUCAAACCCGCGGAUCCGGAUGUUAUCCCUGAGCUGUACGACAUUCCGAUCGGAAUCGUCAAUCGUGUGGUGUAUGGACCGCACCGCUCGCCAAAUGAAAAGAGACCGUCAGGUGAAAGCCCGAGCAAGGUCGACAAAGUUCAAGCAUCUCCUAAAGCCCCGUAAUUUAACAUUGCGGCGAAUUCUACAAUACAAGUGCUAGCUAAUGGUCGUUGGAUCAUAACCCGUGCAUUGAGUGUCUAAUAUUUUAAUCAAAACUCAUCAAUGUGUGGUCAGUCUUUGCAUUAGUAGGUAGGGCAUCGAGCCUCCUGUAAAUAAGUACGUGUCAUGUGCGAAUCGAAGG